AAACUCUCCAUAAAUACACACCUUCCAAAUCCUAAUUCAUCACCACCAUCAACAUUCUCCACUACCACUACUACAACUAAACUACUUCUCAUUUUUUUCUAUACAAUCAAUCAACAAUGGCCAUUAAGAAAUACUCAAACAAACUUCCUCAAAAUGCAGUCUUGAAACAAAUCCUAAAAAGAUGUUCAAGCUUAGGCAAGAAAAACGAUUAUAACAACGAUAAUGAUUACCCUGUUGAUGUCCCAAAAGGUCAUUUUGCUGUUUAUGUUGGUGAAAACAGAAGUAGAUAUAUUGUUCCAAUCUCGUUUUUAACUCACCCUGAGUUUCAAUCACUACUUCGUCAAGCUGAAGAAGAAUUUGGCUUUGAUCAUGAUAUGGGUCUAACAAUUCCUUGUCAAGAAGUUGUUUUUCAGUCUCUAACAUCAAUGAUAAGAUGAAAAACUUUUUUUUCCCUGUGUUCACCACGAGAUCAACUAGACCGUCUAAUCUUGUUCUGGGAUCAAUUCUGGCAUCAAGUGUUUUAACCCCUGCCGAUAAAAAACUUCGGUAAUUCAUAAAUGGUUGUGAG